AUGGCGUUCCUACGUUGGCUCACACCGGGGUUCCUGUUGGCCGUACUAGUGGUGACAGCGACAGUGGCCCAGCCUGCCCGUCUGCUAAGCCUGCUCACCUCGGGCCAGGGUGCUCUGGAUCGUGAGGCACUGGGCGGCCUGUUAAAUACACUGGCGGACCGUGUGCACUGCACCUACGGGCCGUGUGGAAAGUGCCUGACCGUGGAAGAUGUCUUGGCCCUCGGUAGGCCUGACAAGUCGGGGCUUGCCCUAGGAGUGGUUCUGGAGUCCAGAUACAUUGCCCACCUCAGUGCUGCUGCCGCCCUCUACCUUAGCAACCCAGAGGGCACAUGUGCGGACAUCCAGGCUGGCCACUUGGCUUCUCGUACUGACCAUUUCCUGGCCCUUCUUGAGGGUCGUGAAGCCAUGACCCUGGGACUGAGCCAGCUGCUACAGAAGAUCGAGGCCCAGGCUGCCAGCCAGCCCACUGUGGAGGAGACCUGUGUAGAUGUCCCUCAGCUGCUGGAGGAAGCUGAGCAGGCAGGGGCUCCUGACAGCCCUGGCCCGGUUCUGGCUGCCCUGCUGGACCACAUAAGGAGUGGGUCCUGCUUCAACGCCCUGCCAAGCCCUCAGUACUUUGUGGAUUUCGUGUUCAAAAACCACAGCAGCGAGACCUCCAAUAUCACAUUGGCUGAGCUGGAGGCUUUGAUGCAGCGCCUGGGGAUAGGUGGAGAGGACCACAGUGAUCACAGUGACCACAGUGACCCUGGUGAUCUGGGAAGGGAGGCCAACCAUCAGGACCCUGUGCCCCUUGCAACCUCCAACAGUAACUCCAGUGUGUGGGACAUGGUAUGCCUAAGUGCCAGGGAUGUGAUGGCCGUGUAUGGGCUGUCUGAGCAGGAUGGAGUGAGCCCUCAGGCCUGGGCCCAACUGAGUCCUGCCCUGCUCCAGCAACAGCUGAGUGGGGCCUGCAACCCCCGGCACAGUUCCCCCACCCAGGACCAGCUCAGCCAGGCGGAGAGGUAUCUAUAUGGCACCCUAGCCACGCUGCUCAUCUGCCUGUGUGCGGUGUUCGGCCUCCUGCUGCUGACCUGCACCAGCUGCAGCACAGCCACCCACUACAUCAUGCAGGCCUUCCUGAGCAUGGCCGUGGGUGCACUCACCGGAGACGCCCUCUUGCACCUGACACCCAAGGUGCUGGGGCUGCACACACACAGUGGGGAGGGCCACACACAUGAGGAGGCAGGCCUUGGCCUACAGUCCACCUGGCGCCUGCUGGCUGUGCUUGGAGGCCUCUACUUCUUCUUCCUGUUUGAGAGCCUCUUCAAUCUACUGCUGCCCAGGGACCAGGACCCAGCGAAGGAUGGGCCCUGCAGCCACAGCGGCCACAGCCAUGGCGUGUCCCUACAGCUGGCGCCCAGCGAGCUCCGGCAGCCCAAGCAGCCCCAGGAGGGCUCCCGCGCUGACUUGGUGGCAGAGGAAAGCCCGGAACUGCUGAACCCGAAGUCUCGAACCCUGAGCCCAGAGCUGAGGCUACUGCCCUAUCUGAUCACGCUGGGCGACGCCGUGCACAACUUCGCAGACGGGCUGGCCGUGGGCGCGGCCUUCGCGUCCUCCUGGAAGACCGGGCUGGCCACUUCUCUAGCGGUGUUCUGCCACGAGCUGCCCCAUGAGCUGGGGGACUUCGCGGCCUUGCUGCACGCGGGGUUGACUGUGCGGCGAGCCCUGCUGCUGAACCUGGCCUCAGCGCUCACGGCCUUCGCCGGGCUCUACGUGGCACUCGCUGUCGGAGUGGGUGAGGAGAGCGAGGCUUGGAUCCUGGCGGUAGCCACCGGCCUCUUCCUCUACGUGGCACUCUGUGACAUGCUCCCGGCCAUGCUGAACGUGCGGGACCGUCGACCCUGGCUCCUCUUCCUGCUGCACAACGUGGGCUUGCUGGGCGGCUGGACCGUCCUGCUGCUGCUGUCGCUGUACGAGGACAGUAUCACUUUCUGA